GUUGUAAAAAUCGCAAUGUAGUUUGCCAGCCGUGAAUGCGCGUGAAUUGCUGUGAAUAAUCUAUUGUAAUCAGAACUGAAAUGAUUGAAGAGAUGAAUAUUGUAGCAGAAAGUAUUAUUAAAAUAGAAAAGAUUAAAGAAGAACCAGUUGAAGAAGAAGAAGAGUAUUCCUGGAAUUCAAUUGCAGAAGACAAACACAGUACACUUCAGCAUUCAGUCAAGCAAGAUGACAUUAGAGAUAUUAAGGAAGAACCAGUUGAAAUAAAAGAAGAGUAUUCCUGGAAUUCCAUUGCAGAAGACAAACAUGGUACACUUCAACAUUCAGUCAAGCAAGAUGACAUUGGAGAUAAUGAGGGGCUGCAGCUACCGAUUUCUCUCCUUCUUCAGCCAAUUGAGAAGCAAGAAAGAGAUUUUGUGGACGAAAUGCAGGAUCCUCUUGCACCAGGCUGUGAAAGUGCUGCUGGUGGUGUAUGUUCCCUAGAUCGAGAAUUACACGGCCUCAUCCCCACCAACACGAGUGAAAACCCUUUUCAAUGUUCCAUCUAUGAGAAGAGCUUCAGUGUUAAAGGCAAAUUGCGUAGUCACGUUCGAACCCAUGCAGAAAAAUUAUCUUUUGCCUGUUCAAUCUGCGAGAAGAGCUUCAGAAGGAAACCAUUAUUUCUAAAGCAUUUGCGCCACCACUCCGGUGAUGAACCUUUUCAAUGUUUUAUCUGUGCAAAGAGUGUGAGAGUUGACAGUUUGCAAAAUCACUUGCGCACCCACUCUGCAAAACCUUUUCAGUGUGCCGUAUGCGCAAAGAUCUUUACUACGAAAUGGUACUUCAAAAGGCACAUGCUCAUCCACUCUGAAGGGAAACCUUUUCAGUGUACCAUCUGUCAAAACGGCUUCAUUGAGAAACGGGUCUUAAAAAUUCACAUGCUCAUCCACACUGAUGAAAGACCUUUUCAGUGUGCCAUCUGUCCAAAGAGCUUCCGUGAAAAAGGAACGUUACAAAUUCAUAUGCGCACUCACACCGGAAAACCUUUUCAGUGUGACGUCUGUGGAAAGAGAUACUGUACAAAGUCAUCGUUACACCUUCAUAUGCGCUCACACGAUGAUGAAAAAACUUUCCAGUGUGCCGUAUGUGAAAAGAGCUUCCAUCACAAAGGAACAUUAAAGGACCACAUGCGCACUCAUACUGGGGAAAGACUUAACUGCUCUACCUGCGGUAAGAGCUUUAGCAACACUGGAAAUUUAAAUAAGCACAUUCGAACACACAUUGGUGAAAAACCUUAUCAGUGUUCAUUCUGUGAAAUGCAUUUUAUUGUAAGAGCAGAAUUACAUAGUCAUGUGCGCGUUCACUCUUCAUUAUUCUAUUUGUGAAAAGAACUUUGCCCCUAAGGGAAGUUACGAUUGCAUUUGCGUACCCACACUAAUAAUAAACAUUUGCUUACCCACCCUAAUAAACCUUUUCAGUGUUCUAUUUGUCAAAAGACCUUCACACAAAAAGCAACAAUAAAAAUCCAUUUAUGUACCCACAGAGGUGAAAAACCUUUUCUGUUUGUCAGAAGAGCUUUCUACGAACACAUGACACAUGCACACUCACAGAUGAGAAAACUUUUCUGAUCGAUCUGUGAUAAACAUUUUUCCGGUACCGACGAGUGAUGUUUCAGACGCUUGUUGAAGUGACAUGAAUAAAACGUAAGAUUUCUGUGUUACAAUUUUGCCUUUAACGAAAUUAUUUAGUGUUCUGUGGAAAACCUACCUUUCUGAUAUAAAUUACUCUAAUGAUAUGGUAAUAGUUUUUUUCAGCUCUAAAAGCCAUUUUCUGUAUGUACUAAACUUUUCUGUUGCAUAUUAAAUUGAAAGUGUGUUCAGUGGGUUUUCAACCCAAAUAAAAUGUAUGUAUUGUAAUGACGCAUUCGUGGUUUUCUUUAAUGAGAGUUGUAACUACGUGACCAGUCCUGUCGCGGUGGGCUGUCCACCGGUUUCAGGGAGGGCACUCAAGUAUUUCUUUCACCAGUCAUCUUUUUCUUCCCCUAUCAUUCAUUCUUGUUCUUUUACAACAUCCUGUCUCUUUUCUACUACCCCUUCUAUUUCAAGGCCCCUGCCCUGUAUUCUAAAUGCCCAUCCAGUGUUUGCCGUGCAUGGCUACUUGUGUGUAAGGGAAUGUAUGUCCUGGCAAUUGAGGGACCUGUUUGAUUCCCAACUACUUGCGCAACUUUCUGCUUUGCACCUAAGGAUAUGUUAUUUACAUAUUUUUGGGGACAUGCCUUGUCGGUUUUCAACACCUUUGCUUUGGCCUUGGACUCUUCUAGACGAGCAGUUGGGUCUCACUCCUGAACAAUCGGCUCUGUCUAAGUCUUGUACUCCAGGGUAAGCAGGGUGAUCCUCGGCGGGGCAGCGCUGGCAUCCCCCCUCUAUAUCUCCAUGGCAACUCUGGCACUCUUAUAGAGUGUCCCCCCGUUGAGCUCCGUGGUGGGUGGGGACAACAGGGAUGAAUCUUAUAUCCAUCUCCUUGGAUACUAAACCUUCUCCCCUGCCCUCUUCUGCAAGGAAGAGGAGAUAUCUAGAAAGAACUAUCAAUUUAAAUAAUUUAUUUUCUGAAGCCGAAGAUGGACCGAAGAAGCCUUGUUUCCUCAUGGCAUGCACCGAGGAAGAGAAAGCAUUUAAAAACGUGAGUGUUGUCUGUUUUGCAUGAGCCAUAGAGGAAGCAUACGGAAUGCCCUAAAUGGUUGUGCGACAGAGGAAUGGAACGAUUCUUUUGAAGCACGUACCGAUGAGCAGAUAGAUAAAUUACUGAAAACCAAUCAGAUGGCUGGCCUCCAGGUGGUAGUGAGGAUGCACCCAACUUUGAAUCUCUGCAAAGAUUGCAGUAGAGGGCCACGAAGACUUUGCUUCGGAAAACGAGGAAGGGUGUAUUACAUUUUUCAAGAGUCAGGGCGUGACUGAAGCCUUGUGAAGAGAGGCAUAUGCAAUUCCACAAUAAUGAACAGCUUCAUGGUCUGUGUGCCAAAAGAGUUUCAAGUAUAAACAUUGUUUGGUAAGGCACAUCCACCACCCAAUCCCUUAUGAAUGUUCAGUCUGCCAAGAGAGCUUUACACAAAGAAUUCAUUUACUUGCAUAUAUGCAACUUCACACCAAUGAGCAUCCGUAUAAAUGCCCAGUCUGUCAAAAGAUCUUCAAACAAAGAUGUAGUUUAAUUAAGCAUAAGCGAGCCACAACUUUGAGCGCCAUCUGCCAAAAGAGAUUUGCAGUUAGAAGUUCAUUCACAUAGGAUCCGUAGUGGUGAGUGACCUUGUGAAAGCUCUCUCGGUCACAAGAAAUUCAAACUGAGAUGUAUUUUAGUUAAGCAUAUGGGAAACAACAGCAGUAAAAACCUCUGUGAUUGCCCUGACUGCCAAAAGAUCUAUGCUGAUAGAAGUAAUUUAGUUUCACAUAUGCAAAUCCACAGAGAGUUGCAACAACUUGUAUGAAUGGUUUUCUUUGCUCAAGAAUAUUUGACCAAAAGCUAAUCGAAAGGAGUGAACAACAUGUGAGAACCUUCCAACAGGAUGUGAAUGUUGUACUCUGACACUGUUACUUGAAGAACAUGCAAUGAGCACUGUUAAGAAGGGUAGUGUUAUCAGUGGAAUACUCUUGCCGUAAAGGAACUACUUAACACUAACGCGAGGUUGGUGUUCUGAAUUGCAGAUUAUUCUCACAGAUUUUUUGCACAUUGUUAUAUAUGUACAUUCUGUAUAGAUAAUACUAUAUAAAUAUAUAUUAUUUUUGUAAUUCUCUAUGUAUGUUGUGUUUUAUUUUAUUAUUACUAUCUAUAUC